CAUUGACACAGAAUACCAGAAUAGUGCUUUACCCUCUUACCGCUCUGCAAGGCUGCCAUCCCCCUCCCAGCACAGAGCCUCUGCUGCCACAGCACCCAAGACAUUUCUUUGUAAUGGAGGAAGGCUGGAAUGACCACUCGAGCACAGGAGUACAGCUGUAUCCACCCCCAGCAGUGCUACACCUCAGCUACCAAAUCUUUUUGUGAUCCUCUUUGGAAAUUCUCUGGCAAAUGCCCUUGGUUCUGCAUGUACAAAGAUCAUCUGUGCAUGAUGAUUCCAGUCAGGAAUGUUCAGGACACUGGACUCACUGCUCACGUGCAGUAGCUUCUCUGGACUCCUGCUGCUGCCACUCCCAUCAGGAAUGCUGGCAGGUACAGAUCCUGCUGCACACUUGCCACUUUGGCUAUGAGCAGUAGGUCUCCAAGGCCUGGGGAUGGUACAUCCACUCUACCAGCCCCUCAUCAUCAAAGGAGCAGAGACCUGUGGAGAACAGAGCUCCCGGGAGCAGAUCUGGGAAUGGAUCCCCCAGCAGGGCUGGCACUGGCACUGCUGAGAUUGGUGCAUUUGGCCUUUAGAUUCUGAACAGAGUGUACCUGGUUCCCUGCCCAUGGCAGAGUUGGACCUAGGUGACCUUUAAAGACCGUUCCAAGCCCAGCCAUUCUGUGAUUAUCAAUCAUAUUAUUCAGAUCAACAGACUUUAUGAGAGGACCUGUUGGGUUUUGUACUGAUUACACAGAAAUCUGUUUAGACUUCCACAUGCCUUACACACAAAUAUAUUUAUAAGAAUAGUUAAGUACAGAGCAGUCAUGAUCUUACUGCUUUGAGUUAUAAAGAUGUGCUUUGCUCUGCAAAUUCAUGACAGAUCAUGAUUAUUUUCUCCUUCCAUAUGAAAAUAUUUAUCUGGGUCUUUAUGAGUAUUUUGACUUUGCGAAUAGCUCAUGAAGACAAAUUCUACUUCUAGGUAGUACUGGCAGUCUUGCUCAAAACUCAAUCAUUAUCUCAGCCUUACACAAAGUUUAGGGCGUUUUUGCCCCCCCCAAAGAAAUCUCUCUUCUUUUGUUUUCCCCUCUGGUUUGAAAGAAUCUGACACUGCUUUACAGCAAUUCCAAAAAGCAGCUGAAUGUUACCACUCUAUGUCAGGAGCAAUGAAGAUGAUUGGCAGAGAGGCUGCUAAUGCUUACGAAAUGUGGGUCAGUCUGUGACUGAGCCACUGAUUUUUCUUGAUCACUGAAAUACCUGGUGUAACUUCAUGGAUUCAUCAAUAGACAUUUUGAGUAACACAAUGAAGUUAGUGAUAUUGGGAGAAUCUGAAACUCAGGCAAAUAUAUUUUUUGUUUUUUAGUUGACAAAACAAAAUUCCUUCCUCUAAUUUACCUUCUUAUGAAAGCACAAUACUUUCCCUGAGGUUAAGCCAACCAUGACUGCUGCAGGAAUAGAAGACACACAGCCUUCUUUAAGGCUUCUUCCAUUUCAAACUGUAGCUAAAGACUAUCACCACCAACAUCCUCUCUCUUAACACACUGUAGCCCAGUUGGUUUUGGAAGCAAAGUUCCCAAACUGAAUCAUAAGGGUACAAGAACUCACUUGAGACCCCUAAAAGGUUUUUCAGCAAAAAAAAAGAAAAAGGCAGGCCUGCCAUGCCAUGAGACACAGCAAGUGCAUUCCGUGACUGAGGCUGGAGCUGCUGCUGGCUGUGGUUGUGUCAGUGCUGGUGAUGCUGCACCCAACUCUUAUGGGGAGCGUUCCCCUAAAGCUUCUGGGUAGCAUGGAUUUGGGGAAGAAGAGAAUAAGGAAAAAAAACCCAUGUGGGAAACUCCAUACCUUGACAGCUUGAAAGAAAACUUGCCAGAGCGUGAACCUGAUAAUUUGGCCUGUUCUGAUGGGGAUAAAUGAGAUUAAUUAAGAGUUUUGCAGCUCAGUCAUGGCUUGGCCAGUGAGUUCAGGAAUAUUUCUUUGGAUUACAAAACAGGUGGCAGAGAAAUCCUGAUCUGACCCCAAACCAAACCUAUUCCCAAGUGUCAAUUCAUCAGUAUUUUAGUUUAAAAACAUCAUAAUCAAGAUAUGGGGAGCCACCUCUCCUGUGUGCACUGCUUCUGACACUUCCUGUAUAUAUAAUGGUGAUGAAUUUAUUUCUGUAUGGAUUUUUUUGUGUGUAUUUAAAAAUAAGAACAUUUCUUUUAAUGGUAGGCUACUUUCUGAUGUGUUUUCUUUUUAGGAAACCAAUAGAUAAAAUAUUUAGAUGAGCUUUUGUCUUCUGUAAUUUCAUAAAUUCAGAAUUUGAAAUCCUUAAGCAAACCAGCAAAACACAUAGGAGGUUUCAGCAGUUUAAGAUAUUCCAUGCAGUGAUGCAAAUACAUGGAAAAUGACACCUGUGGCUGAGAUUGUUAUAGUAACCACUACCCUGGGUAAAAUUUCGUUUUUGCACUCAGACAAAUACAGCAGGCUCUUGGGUAAGAAUGCAAGAACUCACACGUUGUAAUGCACAAUUGAUUAAAAUAAGUAAUAAAAAUUAAUUAAACUAUUAAGAUGCCAGAAAGUUUCCAGCUUUAUAAUAAUGGUAAAUAACUCCCCUGGCCCGUCCAUGUAAUAUGUGCACUGUAGGGGUGUUCCCCGGUCAGUGAUUGCUGGUUCAAUUCUGCCCUCUAGAGGAGAUUUUUUUUUUAAGAGAAGCAGAUAUUAUGCAAGUUUUAUGCUGUGACAGUGUCUCUUAAUUUACAGCAGACGUGAUUUUUGUGUAACUUUAUGGUUUGAAUAGAUAUUUGUAAACCCAGGAGUGCAUGGAUAGAAACUUCAUUUUAUUUUCAAACCUGUUAUUUCUUUCUUGGGAAAUACCAUUGUAUUCUCAUGUUUUUUCAGUCCCACUGUUGCCCAGAUAAUUUACAGUGUUACACAAAUAAAAUCUACCUAUAGUAGGCCUUCUGACACAUUUCUAUUUUUAAAAUGUUGAGCAUGAAAGCUCUGAAUUAUUUCCUUUGUAGGCAACAGAUUUCUCCUUAAUAUAUGCAAAAUAUUAAUAACUACAAAUGAUUAUAAGGUAUAAAAAUUUAAAUGUCCCCAAACCACUCAUCCUGGAGAUAUAGUGCAUGUAUGUGGCUGAAAUCAGAUAAGUGAGUUUGGUUCAAAUGUGCUCUAACAGAGGAAGGAGUUCCCUGCCCUCAGCAGUGUCCAGGGGUGGAAAGAACCUCAGUAUUGCUUUGUUUGCCUUGAAACACCUGGUUUGUACCUGUUCAGGACAGCCUAACAUGCUGAGCAGCACACUCAGCCUUGCAGAGGUUUAACCAGAAGAUUUUUCAAGAGAGAAGUUACAUAUAUGAAUAAUUUCCAAAGGCCUGUGACACUUUAACUUGCCAAGGCAAUCACUGUGGCACACAAUGAACCUGGCAACUUUACAGGACAGUGUUUAUGUAAGCAUAUUUCUUGACUCUUUUGCAAUGUUUAAUUUAUUUUUUUUUUAACAAAAAGGAGGGGGCAGAGAGAAACAUCUGGUCACUCUAGUUAGUCCAGUCUCAGUGUCAUUUACUGGAGUCACCUGCCUUUUAACUGUGUCCCUGGCACUGCACUGGACCUGGCCAUAAUUGGUUCAGUUUGAAAUACUCCAGAGCCCAACUUGGAAAUUGAAAUCUAUUGCAGACUGAAGCAAACCAGUAAUUCCAGUCAACCAGGAAUAGAAGAUCAUUCUAAUCUGAUUGACAGCAUUUCCUCUUUUAAUCCUAACUAUUACCUACUUGGCUCUGAAGGAGUCAGUCAGGUGUCUGCUUUUAUCUGCCACCAACCAAACACACGGGUACAACAUGUGAAAGUCUGGGUUUACUUCUGCUUAAACAAUGAAGUAUAUGGAAGAGUUAUUCCAGUUCUACCACCUUGGCUACCCGGUGAAAUUAUUUUCUACUGUAAAUGAGACUUCCUUGAUGUGUAUUUCAAACGAAGAGUGCUAUAGCUGUACUAAUGAUCCUGAAGAGCCUGUUCCUCCCUCCGAGCUCUUCUUGCAAGCUGUUUUUUUCUAAUGAUCCACUGAAGAUUGUGAAGGCAAAAGGCCAGUAUAUGUAUGAUGAGAAUGGGAGACAAUACCUUGACUGCAUAAACAAUGUUGCUCACGUUGGGCACUGUCACCCUGAUGUAGUAAAGGCAGCCUAUGAACAGAAUCAGUUGUUAAAUACAAAUUCUCGUUACCUUCAUGACAACUUGGUUGAUUAUGCAGAUAGACUUUCAAAAACCCUGCCUGAGAAAUUAUGCAUCUUCUAUUUUUUGAAUUCUGGAUCUGAAGCCAACGACCUUGCCCUGAGAUUGGCACGGCAGUACACAAAACAUGAGGAUGUUAUUGUUUUAGACCAUUCUGCCAAUUGUUUUUUAAGUGCUUACCAUGGACAUCUGACAUCUUUGAUUGACAUAAGCCCAUAUAAAUUCAGAAAUCUAGAAGGACAAAAGGAAUGGGUCCACGUGGCUCCUGUUCCAGACACAUACAGGGGACUUUACAGAGAAGACCAUGAAGAUUCAGUAACAGCCUAUGCUGAUGAAGUAAAAAAUAUUAUUGAGCAUGCACAUAAGAGAGGCAGAAAGAUUGCUGCAUUUUUCAUUGAAUCUCUACCAAGUGUGGGUGGUCAAAUCAUUCCCCCAGCAGGUUAUUUUCAGAAGGUUGCAGGGCAUGUGCACAAGGCAGGAGGCGUAUUUAUUGCUGAUGAAAUUCAAGUUGGCUUUGGCAGGGUUGGCAAGCACUUUUGGGCAUUCCAGCUUCAGGGAGAAGAUUUUAUACCUGAUAUUGUCACUAUGGGGAAACCGAUAGGAAACGGGCAUCCGCUUGCUUGUGUAGCAACAACAAAGGAAAUUGCAGCAGCAUUUGCAGCCACAGGAGUGGAGUAUUUUAAUACAUUUGGUGGGAACCCCGUUUCAUGUGCCACUGGAUUAGCUGUGUUAGAUGUGAUUGAGAAGGAACACCUUCAGGCUCAUGCCACAGAGGUAGGCAAUUUCUUGAUGAAGCUACUCAAGGACCAGCAAAUCAAGCAUCCCAUCAUUGGUGAUGUCAGGGGUUGUGGCUUAUUCAUUGGAGUGGACUUAAUCAAGGACCAGGCAGAAAGGACUCCAGCCACAGCAGAAGCAGAAGAUUUAAUAAAAAGACUUAAGGAAAAAUAUAUUUUACUGAGUACAGAUGGGCCAGGAAGAAAUGUGCUGAAAUUCAAACCCCCGAUGUGUUUUAACAUGGAAGAUGCGAAAUUUCUUGUGGAGACAAUUGACAAAAUACUAACAGAUAUGGAAAAAGAAUGUUUGAACCAUUAGAAAACACCAGUUUGUUCUACCUGAGCAGGUUUCAAACAAUGUUCAAGGUCUACUACUAAGAAACAUUAUUCUACUAUAAUAAUGCACAUUUAAUCUUCAUCUAGUAUGUCUUAGACCAGAUAAGUCACCUUUGAUUUUUCUGUUUUUGCUUAUCUUGUUUUUAGUAAAAGCUCUAGGAGAAAUAAAUUUUACAAGAGCUUGUCUCAA